GUUAGAGAAGUUUUAAAAAUUCCAAUAAACAAUAUACAAUAUGAUAGAUUGUAAUAUAUAUUUAAUUCAAAAUAAUAUUCAUAAGGGAAGUUUUAUAGGUUUAUAGUUUAUUUUUCCUAAGGUUUACUCAACUAAUUAUAAUCUAUCUAUAUCUGAUCAAAUUGUAUUCUUUAGUAAAAUUACAUAUUUUAAUUUUAAUUUUAAUAAUUGAAAUCAUGAGUCAAUUGAAGCUAGACCAUGAUGGAAAAUCUGGAAGCACUAGAUGGUCGAAAUUUUUUUUAUUUUUUAUUUUCUUUCUAACCAAUCAUAUAACAAUCCGUUUACAUUCACUAUUCUUAUUUAAAAUAUAUUCUGUUAUCCAAUUAAAUAUCAAUAAGAUGGGUAUGAAAAAGACGAGAAUAUUUUCAUAAAUUGAAAUAUUAUAGAUUAAGAUCUAUUUUAAGAAUAAAAUUUAAAUAAUUUUUAAUAUAAUGUCAGAUAAAUUUAGUAUUAGUGAAAUAUUGAAAUCAAAUUAUAAUACACAAAUUACAUUAAAUGAUAUACAUAAACCUAUAACAACAAUUACAUCAUCAAUACCAACAAUUCAUAAUCAUAAUUAUUCAAUGACAUCAUCAAUAAUAACAAAUCAUUCAUUGAAUUCAUGUAUAUUAAAAGAUUUUAUCAUAGAUUCUAAUAUAAAACAACCAUUGGAAUUAUUAAUAAAUGAUAAUAAUUAUAAAAGUAUUGAACACAUUUUAAAUUCUGCACAAUUUAAACAAUUUAUAAAUAUAUUAAAAUCCUUUAAAUAUUCAACUAAUAAUAAUCAAUUAUUUGAUGAAUUAAGAACAAAAUAUAUAAAAGAAUAUAAUAUAAUAAAUCCUGUAAUUAUGAAAUAUUUAACAUAUAUAUUUACUAAUAAUUCAAAAGAUUUCAUAAAUGAAUUAACCAAAGAUAAUAUUAUUGAACCAAGACGAAUUGGACAUCCUUAUCAGAGUAGAGUACCUAGAAAACGGAAAAAACCAAGAGCUUCAUUCACAAGAUAUCAAGUGACAGCACUUGAAAGAAAGUUUCGUCAACAAAAGUACUUGGCUUCGACAGAGAGGAAUGAACUAGCAAAGUUGUUGAAAAUGACUGAUGUACAAGUGAAAACAUGGUUUCAAAAUCGUCGAACGAAAUGGAGGAGGCAAACAAAUGAGGAACGUGAAACAGAAUGGAGGGCCACAGGACGUUUUUUAAUAAGUUUACAUUCUCAGCUGAAUUUACUUAAAGAAAACUUACAUACGAGUAACAAUCAAACAUUUUAUUCCACAGUGAGUGGUUAG